AUGGUCUCUGCCAGACCGCACAUCGUCUCUUCGGUCUCGAGCCCGACGCUGCCAUCGAGCGCAUCGUCUUCUCGGUCGUCGAGCCAUGCUGCCGCGCUCGCCAACACCGCAGAUCUGCCAACCCGUCCCUUCACCGUCAGGCGGCGGGUCCGCCGCGCCUCGCAGCCUCAGCUUCCCUCGACGUCCGCACUGCGGAUCCGCGCCACCGGCAUCGAACCCGCCGCUGGCCGCGUGAGGGGAUUCUACAGCAGCACCAGCGCCGACUCGAGCAGCGCCGGCGAGUCCGACGACGACGAGGAUGGCGACGAGUUUGACCGGUACGACGCCAGCGGCAGGCGCUCCUUCUUCCAUGGCAGCCAGCGCCGGCAUCAGUCUCUCGAGUACCUCGAUCUUCCUGCCUCGCUGCCCUACUCGAUCGCAUCGCUCCGCACGCAGCUGCUCUCCUACCUCUCUGACUUCGAGGCCCGGGCCCGCAGCUACUACGCCAACACCCGCAGGGCCGCCUCUCCCUCUGCAUCACCGACGUCCGCCGAUGGCGCACUUGCCACUGGUUCUGAUGGAGAUCUGACGCUUUCCGACGCCGAUGCCGAGGAGCUGCACGCCGAUGCCAGGGCCGACAGCCACCUGGCUCCCUUCUUCGCUCAGCUCGAGGCGCUCAAGGACGAUCUUCGCAAGCUCAUGUCGCUGCUACCGUCGCCCCGCACUGCGUUCCCAUCGCCGCCCGAGCUCUCCUCACGGGCGAGCGCGGCAUUUGCGGCGAGGUCGCAGUCGCUCUCGCAGGACUGGGAGCGGCUCUCAUCGUCGUUCUCCUUCCCGCUCCUGCCGCUUGCCCCGGAUUUCAAGAUGGCCAUCCCGACGCUCCGUUCGGCCGCCGAUGCAGCGCGCGCGCGGGUCGAGAUGCCCACGCUGCCGAGCAUGCCGGCCAUGCCGCAUCUCGAGACGGAUCUCAGCUCGAUUCUCCAGCCUCUCUCCCUGCAGCUGCCCGCGCCCGCCCGCGCCAUCGUCGACAAGAUGCAAAGUCGCUUCGAGGAGCUGCAGGAGUCGCUGAGUGCCAUGGCCCUCCGCGACUGCGUGGCGCGCUCCCAGGACGACGCUGGCGGGUCGAUUGUCAAGCGCUUCGAGGCCUCGUUCGCCGAGCUCUCCGCCAAGGGCCGCGCUCGAGCCAACAGCGUCGUCAGCCGCGCCGGCCACGCUGUCCACGAGGCCGAAGACAAGCUCUACGAGAUGGCCGUCGAGCUCGCCCGCAACGGCCAGGCGCUGAUCCGCUACGAGCACCUGCCCGAGUUCUGGAAGAACAACGAGCACAUCCUCUCUGGCUACCGCUUCAUCCCGCUCGAAAACUGGCCGGCGCUGCUCAAGAGCACCUUCCAGGUGCACAACGAGACGGGCAACAUCCACACGCACCUGUGGGGCCUGGUGGCCAUCCUGCCGCUCUUCUGGCCCAGCAAGGGCCUCGACGAUAAGACGACGCCGAUGGACCGCCUGGUCCAGACCGUCUACCUGGUGGCGGCGGCCAAGUGCCUGACGCUCUCGGUCACCUGGCAUGUGAUGGCGGGCUGCUCGGACCACAAGUGGUUUGGCCGCUUCGCCUGCGUCGACUACACGGGCAUCGCGUGGCUGGUGGCGGCAUCGAUCCUCACCACAGUCUACAACGCCUUCUACUGCCAGCCCAACCUUGCGCUCGCCUACUCGAUCACGACGCUGCUCGUCGGCCUGGCCGGCGCCAUCCUGCCGUGGGCCGACUGGUUCAACAAGCGCGAGAACAAGGGCAUCCGGAUCGCCGUCUUCCUCACCAUGUGCUUCACCGCGCUGCUCCCAUUCUCGCAUGCCGCCUUCGAGCAUGGCUUCUCCAAGACGGUGACCUUCUUCAGCCCGAUCCUGCCCAGCCUCGCCUUUUACGUCGGCGGCCUGAUCCUCUACGCGUUCCACCUGCCAGAGAGCCUGGCACCCGGCCGCUUCGACCUCUGGGGCCACUCGCACCAGCUGUGGCACGUCGGCAUCGUCGCCGCCAUCGUCUGCCACUACCGCGCCGCGCUCAUCUUCCACGAGAACCGGUUCGCUUUCAGCUGCGCGCUGCCGCAGGACUAUGCCGCCGCGCCCGGCGCCGGCUCGAUCGACGCCGGCUUCCUCUCGAGCAUCGUCGCGAUGUUCCCCUUUGGCUCGCUGCUGCUCGGCGGCGGCUCCGAGGCGACCCGGCCCAUUGACCGGAUCUUUGAAAAGGCGGGCGGCAUGGAGGGCGUCGUCGGGCUGGCCCGGGCCGACGCCGUCGUGCUGCACUGGAGGCGGAUCCUCGGGACGGUCGGCAACGGCGCCGUCGGCCGCGGCUGGAACGCCAUGGUCGACUGGGCCCAGAGCUACUGGUGA